UUGUAAAAAUGUACGUUUUCAUGUUUUCCCAUCAUGACUGCUGUACUUCGUAAGAACAUUCCUUAAAUUAUUUCUACAAGACUUUUGUAAUUUGAAUGUGCGCGGCAUCCGAUGUUGAUUAUGUUUAACUGUUACAAACAACUCGUUAUGCUGCUUGAUAUUGCAAACUGGUAUUUCUUGUUAUAUUUUAAGACUAUCGUGUUCAUAAACGUGCUGGUUUGUAGCGCAAAUACUUCCUACUUUGUUACCCAGAUAGCACACGUACGUCUGUUAAAGAUCUCUUCAUCUGGAAAGCAUCUGCUGUGUACAAACAUCUGAUAGACAUCUUUAAGAUGUCAGUUUUACAUACAUUCUAAAUACUAAAGAUCUUAAAUGCAUCUUAUAAACAUCUAUUUGACAUCUGAUAGGAGAAGUCCUAUAGACGUAUUUCAGAUAAGCAAACACUAUAAAUCUAUAAUAUGUCUUCCAGAUGUAAUGCAGACAUCAAAUAGAUGUCUCUGUGAUGUACGUGUGCUAUGAGGGUAUUCUUGUAGUCAUUUCCCUGAUAUUUCGUUUAGAAGAUGUCUUUAAGAUGUUUAUGAUUUAGAAUGCAUGUAAAACUGACAUCUUAAAGAUGUCUAUCAGAUGUUUGUACACAGCAGAUGCUUUCCAGAUCAAGAGAUCUUUAGCAGAGGUACGAGUGCUAUCAGGGUAAAGAUAGCGGCUAAUGAAUCAGAAGCCUCUCACAUACACAGAAAAUGCUUCUGCAUUGCAAAAUAGGGAUGUGUAGUCACACAUUAUAUUACAUUGUAUUUGUAUUGUACAACUGCUAUGCCGUGGUCACAGUUUGUGGUUAAAGUCCAGUUUUUUUUGUUCACAAUCCAGUUCUGCUUUUAGUGAGAAUGAAGCCACAGACAAGAAUCACUUUUAUGUGAAGUAAUUGAGAUUUUAGGCUUUGGAUAAACUGCAUUUUUAUGUAAAUCUUUCAUACGUUUUUGCACAGAUUGUACUAUUAACAACUCUAAAGGUGUUACAAGUUAUUUCAUGUCUUGACAUGAUGUUGUGCAAUACAGGAAUGAAGGUUAUUUCCAUGAAUAUAUUUUAAUAAACCUAAAUAAAAUAUACUUUGCUGUCUGGGUGAUUAAAAAUAAAAAAAUAAAUCUCAGAUCAAAUGAGACUACAAACUAUAAAGCAUGCAACUUGUGUAAGCAGUGAGGGACAUCAAAGAUCUCAAGUUUGAGUGGAAAAUAAGACUUUUGUUCAAACACGCCCCGCGAUCAUGUGCUUUUCAAGGAAGACUGAAAGAGGGUUCUGUUCACCUCUGGAACUGAACGCUCUGUUUGGUUAAGGUCAUGUUUUUAGUACACUUCUUAGGUUAGAAGAGCUGGUUUUGGGGACUUUUGCAGCCGAACGCCUGCGAAUCGAACAGCUUCUUUUAAUAGUUUUAGAACACUGAAAACGGGGGCGUCCUGUGUUUGUUUUGUUUUGGUUUGUCUGUUUCCGUUUUUCUUUUCUUUUGGAAGAGGAUUUAAAGAGAAGACAGCCACGAGCAGGUCAAGGUAAAGGUAAGCGCUGUUUGUUUGCGGUUUACCGUUUUGUGUCAUGAAACUUGAAUACUUUAAGGGGAAGUCGAAAAAGAGGAAAAACAGUUGUGAGAGUUUGUGAUUAAUCUUUUAAUGCGUUGUCGUGUGGUUCGCAAAUGAAAAGAGAUUUCCUUUCAAGACACGUGCGUAUAUGUUAGUAAAAGUUUAUGAAAAUUCCAUCGCCUGAAGCGAAAGAACAGUAGACUCUUAGAUACUGAAUAUUAAUUAGGUCACGGUGACGUCCCUGUUGCGGUCAGUCUUACAACUUAAUUAAUAUUCAUGAGCCGAAAGGCGUUCACAAGUGACGUGUUUUUGCUUUGCGUCACCCUAAAAGAAGGAUAAAUUCCUAUGCUAGUGUCAUAUUCUGCCUUUAACUUUUGUUAAAUAGUGCAGCACACGUACGUCACGGAGACGUCUAUGUGACGUCGCAUUUACAUCUGAAGGCGAGUGUUUGUUCACCUGCAAUACGUCUAUAGGACGUUUCCUAUUAGAUGUCAAAUAUAAGGAAAAUUUCUUUAAGAUAUUCCUGAUUUAAAAUGAAUGUAAAACUGAUGUCUGAAAGACGUCUAUCAGAUGUUUGUACACAGCAGAUGAUUUCCAGCAAUCUUUAACAGACAUCUUGCAGACAUACCUGUGCUGUCUGGGAUUACUCCGUUUUGGGCGGGACCAGAAUGUUUUCAACUGUAUUUGUCUGCUAUCAUCUUCUUAAUAUCUUAAAUGGGUGUUUUUUUUUUUCAUUCCCAAAAGGCAGAUGAAUGUUUUUUUCAUGUAGCUAUAAAGGUCAUUUAAUGUGAUAUUUAUGGGUGUUAUGGAAAAAAUAAACGAGGAACAAUUCGAUGACAAGUAAACUGUGUUUGUGCUAUAAAUAUUGUUCCAGAGCUGUUUUACAGAAGUUCAUGUUUUAAACGAAAACCGAAUGUAUGUAGGCUGAUUUUGUUUCUAUUUGUGUCUAUAAAACCAGGCCUGGCAACAGAAUAAAAUAAUUGCAAUCUCAAGAUUAAAUAUGAAACCAUACGAAUAGUCUAUUUGGCAAAUGUUAACUUCUUUUUAAGCCAUUUUUACACGCUUCUUUUCCUCUGAAUUUGGGGGAUCCCAGUUUAAAAACCCCUGCCCUACAUUAUGACCUGAAGUUGCAUAAUUGAUAUUCAGGAGCCAUUACUUACCCAUUCAUCAUACUGGCGUCUUGGACAGGUGCGCUGUGUCAAGUUAAAAAUAGUUACUAGUGCAGCAGCGUCAGUGUUGAAAGAUUAGACCAAUCAAAGUGUACUGAGUGUUUACAAUAGAAGCUUUACCUGUCAUCAGUGCUGUGACCGACACACAUGAACAACAUGCACGUAAUUGUGUUUAGGUCUGUCUGAAUGUCUCAUUGGAGUUUGAGCCGGUAUAACCACUUUACCCUUGAGUUGUGCAUAGUCUUAUGUAUUGGUGUUUACUAAUAUUUUAAUAAAGACCUUUGGUUAAAUGAAUUCAAUAGUACAAAAAAAAAAAACACCCGUAGCAUAUAAAAAUGUCUUAUGUAUUGGUGUUUACUAAUAUUUUAAUAAAGACCUUUGGUUAAAUGAAUUCAAUAGUACAAAAAAAAAACACCCGUAGCAUAUAAAAAGAGCAUCCACUCAAAGCACAGGUAAACACCCUCCAUUCACACGGCCUCCCGAGCAGAUCAUCCGGUCCGACCGGUCAGUGUUUUAAUGAUGAUUUCUUUCAUUUAAGAGGUUGCUGUUGGUGUCAUUUCUCUUUUGUGAAGCUGCUGGUGGAAGGACUGGCGCGAUUGGUGUGAUGCAGAAUCUCUAUCCCUUUAAAUCCUCUUCACAGAGCUCAGCCGUAACCAAAGCUUCAGUAAAUAAUGAUGGCAAGCAGGACACACCUGUAUGCAGUUCUUCUACCUGGACAGGAGAGGCAGCAGAGAGCAAAGAUACCGAACACAAACAGGAUCCCGGAAUAAUUAUGGGAAUGAUUCAAAAACUAAAUCCAUUCAGGUUUUCCUCACAGAACAAGAUCAGUGAGCCUCUACUUGUCUCUGCAGCAGCUCCCGCAGAUGAGAAAACACAGGAUCACGGCGGGAUGCGAGACCAUCUGAAAUCCACAGCUCAGGUGUCUGAUCAAGGAGAGGGACAGAACGCCUCGUCUUUGAUCGUUGAUAAAUGUUUGACCACACAGGUAGAUCAAACAGCAGAAACAGAUGUCUCCGUCUCCAGUGAAGGAAACCCUCUGGACAAUGAAGAUGAUGAAGAUGGUCUGCUGGCCUGGUGGAGAAACGUGGAAGGUUGGAGUGAAUGGAACGAGUCAAAGCAGUUUAAUGAAAAAGAUGGAGAACGGGCGAUCGAAGCCGCCGCUAACCGGGUUUUCAUGGCUGCCAAGUUAUUCGUUCACCUGCUGACUCAGCGCGAGCCGUCGCUGCAGCGGCGCAUACAGGACCUGCUGACGCUAGCGGACGCCGCCGACAGCUUCCACAGGAAGACGGUGACCGCGAGCGUUGGCGGAGGGGUGGCCAGCGUCGCCGGCAGCAUCACCACCAUCACCGGCCUGGUUCUGGCGCCCUUCACCUUCGGGGCGUCCCUCAUCGUGACGGCGGUGGGCAUCGGGGUCGCGACCGCCGGCGGAGUGACGUCAGCGUCGGCAAACAUCACCGACACUGUUCACUCCAACACGGACAGGAAGAAGGUGGAGAAGAUGAUCCAAGAUUAUCAGCAUGAAGUUAAAGAUAUUAAAGAAUGCCUGGACUUCCUCCAGGCAGGGAUGGAGACCCUGGAGCAGUGGCACUUCAAGCAGUACGUGGACAGCAUCUCCAGACGGGCUCUGAACCAGAACGUCAAGCACGUGUUGAAGGAGGGCGGCCGGGCCGGGAAAGCGCUGCUGGUGAACACCGACAGCCUCAUCAACACCGUCCAGGUGCUCAAUGUUGCCGGAGGAGCCGCCAAAGCCGCGCAGGUCAUCAGCAUCACCACCGGCGUCAUGUCGGGCCUCUUCCUCGCCCUCGACGUCUUCUUCCUCGCCAAGGGCUCGCUGGAGCUGCGCAAGGGCGCCAAGACAGAGUUCGCGGCCAAGAUCAGAGAGGUUUGCAAGGAGCUGCAGGACGGACUGCAGGAGCUGAAGAGAAUCCAGCUUCAGCUGCAGAAAACCAUGGAUGGGGUUGAGAUGGUGGAGGAGGAGGAGGAGGAGGGUGAUGGGGAGGAGGACGAAGAGGCAGAAAAUAAAUCCGAACCAAAAAAAAGAGUCCAGCUAGAGGAAUAAGCAUUGAUGAUUAUCCUGAGCAACAAGUAAAUUAUAUAUAUAUAUAUAUAUAUAUAUAUAUAUAUAUAUA